CCAUUUCCAAGUGUGGAGAUAUGACAACCACUAUGCAAACAUUACGUUUCCAGUUGCUUCCCCCUGAACCGGGGCAGGAUUGGCCACCACCAUGUGAACAAGAGAUAGAGAGGCGGUACCAGGUUGUCCCUUCUGUAGUGUGCGCCAUGUGUUGCUUAUUUGGAAUAAUCUACUGCUUCUUUGGUUACCGCUGUUUCAAGGCUGUGAUGUUUUUAACUGGGCUCAUGUUUGGCUCCGUAGUUAUAUUUAUGCUUUGUUAUAAGGAGCGUGUUCUGGACACACAGCUGAGUGUGGAAGCAAGCGUUGGCAUUGGACUGGGCAUUGGUGUGCUCUGUGGAUUGGUUACUAUGCUGGUUCGAAGUGUAGGGCUCUUCAUGGUUGGAUUACUGCUUGGACUUUUACUGGCUAUAGCCACCCUGAUUAUCAUGGAACAGUUCUAUCACCCCCGCACAGUCUGGGUUCCAGUUGCUCUCUUACUUGGCAUUGGAAUGCUCUUUGCUGUACUGACACUGCAGUGGCAGCGCUUUUUUACCACACUCUCUACGGCAGUCUUUGGAAGUGCCAUCAUGACAGUAACAGUGGACUACUUCAUUGAGCUUUUUCUACUUGUGCAGUAUGUGUACCAGCGAAUGAAGGUGGCUCCACCACAGACGGUGUGCUGGUAUAGCUGGGUCAUUCUUGGCAUUUGGCCACUGCUCAGUUUGCUGGGAGUGUUGGUUCAGUGGAAAGUAACAGCAGAAGGUUACUCACACACAGAAGUUAUUAUCAGCCGACAGCAGCGUCGUGUCCAACUUAUGAAGAUAAAACAGAGGGAAGAACGUAAGGAGAAGAAAAGAAAGAAAAAGCCUCACCAUCAUCAUCCUCACGCGCAGCACAAAGCCCCUCAACCCCCUGAGCCAGCGUUUCGCAGAAAACCUACUCCCAUCCGACGUUUUGAUGGGGACGUUAUUUCUCCAAGUUACAUCCAGAGUUUCCGCGACCAACAGUCGGGUUCAUCCAGAAGCCGCAUGACUGGAGCUCACACAGUGGUGGACUUAGACUAUGAUUGUGGCUCUCGGGUCCCACUUACUGCAGGUGCCGCAUCAGCUGUGCGAGUAUAGCACAAGGGGGACAAACAGGGAGGUGGAUCAGGGAGAAAGUGGGUGCUGUAACACCCAUACACUGUGCUGUAACACAGGAAACACUGUGACACUGCUCACAUUGCAUUCUGACACUGCACUGACUACAUCCUA